AUGCUGCCGCUAGCGGCCUCUUCUACUACCUCUUUGGAUUCGCCUUCGCUUUCAUCAAAUGGGUUCAUUGGAAAACACUUCUUUUGCUUGAAACACAUUCCUUCCUCGUUUUUUGACUACAGUUACUUUCUCUAUCAAUGGAGUUUUGCCAUUGCAGUUGCUGGGAUUACCAGUGGAUCAAUCAUAGAGAGAACACAGUUCAUGGUGUAUUUGGUUUACUCAUCGUUCUUGAUUGGUUUUGUGUAUCCAAUUGUGUCUCAUUGGUUUUGGUCCGGUGAUGGGUGGGUCAGUGCUAUAAGAACUGAUAACCUUUUGUUUGGAUUUGGGGUUAUCGAUUUCGCAAGUUCUGGAGUUGUUCAUAUAGUUGGAGGCAUUGCUGGAUUAUGGGGUGCUCUCAUUGAAGGCCAGCGUAUUGGUCUAUUCGAUCUUUCCGGCAAACUGGUGGCUCUCUGUGGCCAUAGUGGGACACUGGUGGUUUUGGGGACGUUCCUCUUAUGGUUUGGUUGUCGAAAGGACUACUAUCACGACGACUUUGGCUGGAUACACGGCGACGCUGACCACCCUGUUCGAAAAAUAGCUGUUUUAUCGACAAUUGGAAUCUCACAUGUUCAUGGUGUUCUUGGCGCGGACUGA